GCUGCGCGCAGUAGGAGCGCGAGGGGAGCCGCCGUCGCCAUUUUGAAGCGGUUGUUGGGGGAGGCGGCGUGUGCGCUCCCCUCUGCCCGGCCCGGCCCCGCGCCCUCUCCUCCCGCCCGCUCUCUGCGCUCCGGCCCUCCACCGCCGCAGCCAUUGCCGACCUUGCCAUGUCCGGAGGGGGCGUGAUCCGCGGCCCAGCCGGCAACAACGACUGCCGCAUCUACGUGGGGAACCUGCCCCCCGACAUCCGCACCAAGGACAUCGAGGACGUCUUCUACAAGUACGGGGCCAUCCGCGACAUCGACCUCAAGAACCGCCGCGGGGGCCCGCCUUUCGCCUUCGUCGAGUUUGAGGACCCCAGGGAUGCGGAGGACGCCGUCUACGGGCGGGACGGCUACGACUACGAUGGGUAUCGCCUCCGCGUGGAGUUCCCUCGGAGCGGCCGGGGCACCGGCAGAGGAGGCGGCGGCGGCGGAGGAGGCGGAGCCCCCCGGGGCAGGUACGGCCCCCCGUCCCGGCGCUCGGAGUACAGAGUGAUCGUCUCGGGGCUGCCUCCAAGUGGAAGUUGGCAGGAUUUAAAGGAUCACAUGCGUGAAGCAGGUGAUGUAUGUUAUGCUGAUGUUUUCCGAGAUGGCACUGGUGUCGUGGAGUUUGUACGGAAGGAAGAUAUGACCUACGCUGUGCGAAAACUGGAUAACACUAAAUUUAGAUCUCAUGAGGGAGAAACUGCCUACAUCCGUGUUAAAGUUGAUGGCCCAAGAAGCCCAAGCUAUGGAAGAUCUCGGUCACGCAGCCGUAGUCGUAGCAGAAGCCGUAGUCGAAGCAACAGCAGAAGCCGCAGUUAUUCCCCAAGAAGAAGCAGAGGAUCUCCACGCUACUCUCCCCGCCACAGCAGAUCCCGAUCUCACAUAUCUGAAGAGAUGGAUUAAGAAUGCUUUGGAUUAAAGGAUUGUGGAGCACAUGUCAAUCAUUUUAGGAUUGUCAAAAGGAGGAUUGAGGAGGAUCAGAUCAAUAAUGGAGGCAAUGGUAUGACUCCAAGUGCUAUUGUCACAGAUGAACUUGGCAGUAUUGACCUUAUACUGAGAGACAGGUUAAUUGAGUACGUGCACCUACGUGUCACUUCAGGCAUGUUCUAGUUAUUACCGCAGACUACAAUUGCUCUUUUCUUUAAAACUCUUUUUUUUGGGGGGGCAAUUGUGGCUAAGUACUUGCUUUUGUAAUUAAUCUUAACUCCAUUCUAGUUUUUGGGGUUUUUUUUUAAAGGAAUAAACUGGGACGGGGGUGGGAGUAUUGGUUUCCUUUGUCAUGCAGCAUUUGGUUACAAGUGUUAAUGUUAAUGUAGUAUUCGUACACUUGUAGUAGAUCAAGGGUAUCUUUAAAUCAGAGUAUAAUAUCAAUACUGCUAAAAUCUGCAUGUCCUCUGUGUGACUGAUACAGCGUUGCUAUUGCAUUUUUAUAAGUAUCAGAAUGAAAGGAAAAAAAAAAAAAUAGAAAACCUAGUUGGGGAAUAACUUUUCUUAAAUGUCAGCCCUGCCCCCUCAGACUAAUUCACUGCUGUGUUUGCAAACCUCUGGGUAGUUAAUGUUGUUGCCUUCCAGCUGGGAGCGCUGGCUCUAGGUCAGGCCUGCAGCAGGUGGAGAGCUUUAGCGUUAAGCUUUUCCAGUUUCAUAAACAUUUUUUGCGACCACAAAACCUGUAGCAACCACCACCGUACGAGCAAUGAGUAUGUUGGCAUUUUCCCUUGACAUAUUGUAAAUAUUACGAUGUUUCCUCCGAAUAGUAAUUAACAUUUCUUUUAAAAAAAAAAAAAAAGAAAAAAAAAAUUUAUCUGAGCAUCGCCAUUCAAAAGUUUGUUUUGGGGAAUUGAUAGUUAUUAAUGUACAUCUGUAUUAAUUGAUGGCAAACAUAACUCAUCAUUCCCCAGAAUCCUAUUUUUUCAUUACAGUAUCUAACUUUUUGCCUCCUCUUUUUUGGUUUUGCUGGUUAUAAAGGUUUGGAUUGGAGAGGGCUCACUGGAUCCCAAUCCUUGGAGCUGGAUCAUUGGAUUCAAAUCAUAAUGUGGAUAGGAUAGGGAGGCUGAAUUACAAGGAUUCAUGGAGCGGGAUCAAAUUACCAGGAACAUAGGAGUGGAUUCCUGCCCCAACCAAACCGCAUUCGUGUGGAUUUUUUUUUAUUCAACUCAAUUGGCUAUUCCAAAGAUACUUUUUUUUGUGUUUUUUUUCCUAUUUUUGACGAUUGGAGCCCUUAAGAUGCACGAUGGAGUUUUGCAUUUUUUUGGUAAAAGGAGCAAAGCGAGGACCUGGAGAGGUACGCUGGAGCAAUCUCCUUGGAAGGAUUCAGCACGAGUAGAUGGUAAACGUUAAAGGGGAAAAAAAGGGGGGUUUGUUUAAAAAAAAAAAUUAAAAAAAAAAGUAAAUAAGUCAUUUCUCUAAAUUUAAAGACAAAAAUUGGAGUUAAAGAUUAAGUAGGUUUUCAAUUGGCUAUUGCCUUUUUUUUUUUUUUCUUUGACAAAUAAAAUUUUUA